CAGGCGCCUGGAGCUCGGGCUCGGAAGCCGCGCGGGCCGUGGGGGCGUCGGCGGGGGGCGUCCCGGGGAGGCGCCGGGGGCCUCGGGAGGCUCGACCCUCGGAGCCCCGGCCUGAAGAGGGAAGGGGCUCCGGAGCUGUGGUGACAGAGAGGCAAGAUGACUUCUCUCCCCCAAGCGUGGAACAGCUGAAGGAAACAACAGUACAAGAUGAGAACAACAAAAGUCUACAAACUUGUCAUCCACAAGAAGGGCUUUGGGGGCAGUGAUGAUGAGCUAGUCAUGAACCCUAAAGUGUUUCCUCACAUCAAGCUUGGAGACAUUGUGGAGAUUGCUCACCCCAAUGAUGAAUACAGCCCUCUGCUUUUGCAGGUCAAGUCACUUAAGGAAGAUCUACAGAAAGAAACUAUUAGUGUGGACCAGACUGUGACUCAAGUGUUUCGACUAAGACCUUAUCAAGAUGUUUACGUGAAUGUAGUAGACCCUAAGGAUGUGACCCUUGACCUAGUGGAAUUAACCUUUAAGGAUCAAUAUAUUGGCCGUGGGGAUAUGUGGCGAUUAAAGAAAAGUUUGGUCAGCACAUGUGCCUAUAUCACUCAGAAGGUGGAAUUUGCUGGCAUCAGGGCACAGGCUGGUGAGCUGUGGGUCAAGAAUGAGAAAGUCAUGUGUGGUUAUAUCAGUGAAGAUACCAGGGUGGUGUUCCGUUCUACGUCGGCUAUGGUUUACAUAUUUAUUCAGAUGAGCUGUGAAAUGUGGGAUUUCGAUAUUUAUGGGGAUCUAUAUUUUGAGAAAGCUGUGAAUGGUUUCCUUGCUGAUCUCUUUACCAAGUGGAAGGAGAAGAACUGUAGUCAUGAAGUGACAGUGGUCCUAUUUUCUAGAACUUUUUAUGAUGCAAAAUCUCUUGAUGAAUUUCCUGAAAUAAACCGAGCCUCAAUUCGACAGGAUCACAAGGGACGGUACUAUGAAGACUUUUAUAAAGUGGUGGUGCAGAAUGAGAGGAGAGAAGAGUGGACGUCACUCCUUGUGACCAUUAAAAAACUCUUCAUCCAGUAUCCAGUGUUGGUACGACUGGAACAGGCAGAGGGCUUUCCUCAAGGCGACAAUUCUACCUCAGCACAAGGAAACUACCUAGAGGCCAUCAAUUUGUCAUUCAAUGUGUUUGACAAGCACUACAUCAACCGCAACUUUGACCGAACUGGGCAGAUGUCUGUGGUGAUCACGCCUGGGGUGGGUGUUUUUGAAGUGGACCGUCUACUUAUGAUCUUGACCAAGCAGCGGAUGAUAGAUAAUGGAAUUGGUGUGGACUUGGUGUGCAUGGGGGAGCAACCAUUACAUGCUGUCCCGCUGUUUAAGCUGCAUAAUCGAAGUGCACCUCGUGAUUCUCGUCUGGGCGAUGACUAUAAUAUUCCUCACUGGAUAAACCACAGUUUCUAUACGUCCAAAAGUCAGCUCUUUUGUAACAGUUUCACCCCACGAAUAAAACUGGCGGGAAAGAAGCCUGCCUCUGAGAAAGCAAAAAAUGGCCGUGAUACAUCUCUCGGGACUCCAAAAGAAUCUGAGAACGCCCUUCCCAUCCAAGUAGAUUAUGAUGCCUAUGAUGCCCAAGUGUUCAGGCUGCCAGGCCCAUCCCGGGCUCAGCGCCUCACCACCUGCAGGUCUGUGCGAGAACGGGACAGUCACAAUCGAAAGAGUGCCAGCUCCUGUGAUGUCUCAUCCAGCCCUUCCCUGCCCAGCCGUGCACUGCCCACUGAAGAAGUGAGGAGCCAGGCUUCUGACGACAGCUCCCUGGGCAGGAGUGCCAAUAUCCUGAUGAUCCCACACCCCCACCUGCACCAGUAUGAAGUCAGCAGUUCCUUGGGCUAUACCAGCACUCGAGAUGUCCUGGAGAACAUGAUGGAGCCACCACAGCGAGACUCUAGCGCACCAGGGAGGUUCCAUGUAGGCAGUGCGGAAUCCAUGCUGCAUGUUCGACCCGGGGGAUACACGCCCCAGCGGGCGCUCAUUAACCCCUUUGCCCCCUCACGAAUGCCCAUGAAGCUCACAUCCAACAGAAGACGCUGGAUGCACACUUUUCCUGUGGGACCAUCCGGAGAGGCCAUCCAGAUCCAUCACCAGACCCGACAGAAUAUGGCGGAGCUACAGGGCAGCGGGCAGAGGGACCCAGCUCACUCCUCUGCAGAGCUGCUGGAGUUAGCAUAUCAGGAAGCUGCUGGAAGGCACAGCACUUCCCGCCAGCCUGGUGACAGCAUGUCCUUCUUGAGCUUCAGUGGAACAGAAGAGCUUUCUGUCAGCCUGCUUAGCAACAGUGGUGCAGGUAUGAAUCCUAGAACUCAGAAUAAGGAUUCUCUAGAGGACAGUGUUUCUACCUCUCCAGACCCAAUUCUGACACUGUCUGCUCCCCCUGUAGUGCCAGGCUUCUGUUGCACAGUUGGAGUGGACUGGAAGUCUCUCACUACUCCGGCGUGCCUCCCCCUCACCACCGACUACUUCCCCGACCGCCAGGGCCUGCAGAACGACUACACAGAGGGCUGUUACGAUCUCCUUCCAGAAGCAGAUAUUGACAGGAGGGAUGAGGAGGGUGUGCAGAUGACGGCCCAGCAGGUGUUUGAAGAGUUCAUCUGCCAGCGUCUCAUGCAGGGCUACCAAAUCAUAGUGCAGCCCAAGGCACAAAAAUCCAACCCCGUCGUCCCACCCCCACUGAGCAGCAGCCCGCUCUAUAGUCGAGGCCUUGUGUCCCGAAACCGCCCUGAGGAGGAGGACCAAUACUGGCUGAGUAUGGGCAGAACGUUCCACAAAGUGACGCUGAAAGAUAAGAUGAUCACAGUGACACGUUACCUUCCCAAGUACCCUUAUGAAUCUGCCCAGAUCCACUACACCUACAGUCUCUGCCCUUCCCACUCAGACUCGGAGUUCGUCUCUUGUUGGGUGGAAUUCUCCCAUGAGCGGCUGGAGGAGUACAAGUGGAAUUACUUAGAUCAGUAUAUCUGUUCUGCUGGCUCUGAGGACUUCAGCUUAAUUGAGUCUCUGAAGUUCUGGAGGACCCGCUUCCUGCUGCUGCCAGCCUGUGUCACUGCCACUAAGCGCAUCACAGAAGGGGAGGCCCACUGCGACAUCUAUGGGGACAGGCCUCGGGCAGACGAGGAGGAAUGGCAGCUCUUGGAUGGUUUUAUCCGCUUCGUGGAGGGUUUGAACCGGAUCCGCAGGCGACAUCGCUCAGAUCGCAUGAUGCGGAAAGGGACCGCCAUGAAAGGUUUGCAGAUGACUGGGCCCAUUGCCACACACUCCCUUGAGUCGACCGGCCCCCCAGUUGGGAAGAAGGGAACCUCAGCUCUGUCCGCCCUGUUGGAGAUGGAGGCCAGUCAGAAGUGCCUAGGAGAACAGCAGGCAGCUGUGCACGGUGGCAAGAGCGCCUCCCAGCCAGCUGAGAGCAGCAGCGUUGCCAUGACUCCCACCUACGUGGACAGCCCACGAAAGGACGGGGCCUUCUUUAUGGAGUUUGUCCGCAGCCCUCGCACAGCGUCAUCCGCCUUCUACCCACAGGUGUCUUUGGACCAGACGGCCACCCCGGUGUUAGACAGCACCAGUUUAGGGGUAAGCACAGGCCAGUCUGUGGACAGAGGCAACAGCCAGGCCUUUGGGAACUCCCAGAACUCAGGGGAACAGAGCUUCCCCUCUGCAAACUCCAGUGAUAGCAGCUCUCAGCAGCUGGCAGCAAGCUCUUUAACCUCAUCCUCCACCUUGACAGAGAUCCUGGAAGCCAUGAAGCACCCCUCGACAGGGGUCCAGCUGCUCUCAGAACAGAAGGGCCUCUCACCAUGCUGCUUCAUCAGUGCGGAGGUGGUGCACUGGCUGGUGAAUAACGUGGAGGGUGUCCAGACCCAGGCGAUGGCUAUCGACAUCAUGCAGAAAAUGCUGGAAGAGCAACUCAUCACACACGCAUCUGGUGAAGUCUGGCGGACCUUCAUCUAUGGCUUCUAUUUCUACAAGAUAGUCAUGGACAAAGAACCUGACCGAGUGGCCAUGCAGCAGCCCACCACCUGGCACACGACGGCGGGGGAGGACUUCGCCAGCUUCCAGCGCAAGUGGUUUGAGGUGGCCUUUGUGGCCGAAGAGCUGUUGCACUCCGAGAUCCCUGCUUUCCUCUUGCCCUGGCUGCCCAGCCGACCAGCCUCCUAUGCCAGCAGGCACAGCUCCUUCAGCCGCAGCUUUGGAGGGCGGAGCCAGGCAGCUGCACUUUUAGCUGCCACUGUCCCAGAGCAGAGGACUGUGACCCUGGAUGUGGACGUGAACAACCGCACAGACCGGCUGGAGUGGUGCAGCUGUUAUUAUCAUGGCAAUUUCUCCCUGAAUGCAGCUUUUGAGAUCAAGCUCCACUGGAUGGCUGUGACUGCUGCGGUCCUCUUCGAGAUGGUCCAGGGUUGGCAUCGCAAAGCCACUUCCUGCGGCUUUUUAUUGGUCCCUGUUCUGGAGGGUCCCUUUGCGCUGCCCAGUUACCUGUAUGGCGAUCCACUUCGAGCCCAGCUCUUCAUCCCACUCAACACCAGCUGCCUGCUCAAGGAGGGCAGUGAGCACCUGUUUGAUAGCAACUGCUUCAUGCUGCUGUUUGUAAUAUGCUCAAGAGACACUUCCCCCACACCAGCUAGACUCUUCUGGGGUUUUCCACCUUCACUGUAACAGCACAGGAUGGCUGGCAAGACUGGCAUUGGAGGACAUUUUUGCGUGAGCUACUGGUUUUCCCUGCCUGUUGUAACUCAGGCUUCAAGACCAUCAUCCUCUGUUGGUUGCCAUGGUUACGGCUGAAGAAGGGAGUCCUAGUUUAAAAGAAUAAAGGCUUGAAUCUAAAAAUUGAUUUUCUUGCUUCUGUGCUUCUCUUCCUAUUACCUCCCCUUCUAAUAACAGUGGAUUCAAAAUCUUAAAAAUCUGACAAGGAAUCCACUGUGUGUUUUUACCUGUUAAAGCCAAAGUGUUUUUUCUUUUUUGCUCUUUAGUUGCCUAGAGCCCUCAAAUGUAUUCUAGAUAAAAAAAACUCCAAAUGCAGAGAGAGCAGAGAGCCCCUGUUCUUCAGGAUAGCUUGUGUGGUUGCUCCUCCUCAGUCCUCAAUCCCAAGAGCAGCACUGGCCUGUUGCCUGUUGCUGUGACAGCCUGCCUCAGCCCUCCACCUCCUCAUCAGCUCUUGGUCCUCACACCAGCUCUGCAGAAGGAGUGAGGCUAGAGCAAUGAUGUGGGUGCUUGUCUGCUCCCCUGCCCUCCCCAGCCCAUCACUUUUCCAAAAAUAAUUUUUAUAUUUAUUUGCUUCAGUUUCCCCACCCCUAAAAUGGAGCUUAUACUAUUGUCUUUCCUUGUAGGGAAAUGGAAGAUUGGUAAUAAUUUUUUUUUCUCUUCUCCUUAAAAGCAGAUAACAUGCAUUUAAUGCUUAUCUUUUGUUUGUAUUUUAAUAUCAUGUUCCUUUCCACUUUUGGCAUAGGAAAUCAUUAGAAUGAGUCUCACAUCAAGUUCUGGUAGCUCACUGGUUGCCGAGGACUCCUGUUUAGUGCCUUUCUACAUUAGACCUGAUAGAGCUUUAGGGAACGUGUAGUGAGAAUACGCCGUUGUUCCUUGGGAUGGAGGCUGGUCUCUCAAAAGCAGGUAGUGUGGAGAAGCAGCACUUAGACUCAAGGGGGAGGUUUGGCCAAGAGAGGUGAAAGAAACAGAGGCCAGACCCAGGAAGAAUUACAAACCUUGGGAUCACACUCUGCCUGGC